AUGCUCCUCGUGGUGCAGCCGGCCGGUGGCAUCCUCUCCAUCACAAUACGCCUUGUGAAACACGGGUUGCUUGAGGUCGGCAUUGUCACCAAUCCCACCGUCUACCGGUACAUGUCGCUGUCCAGUGAAGCAGUUGGUGCAAUAGCUCUGAAUCUCAUCUUUGCAAUCGGAUUUGAGCGAUAUUUAGCGAGUCGGAAUCUGACCGAUUAUGAAGAGAAAUACGAGAAUAAUCGAUUGGCCAGCAUAUUUAUUGCGGGGACGGCGGUUCUCGUUUUCUUCAAUCUUGGCAUGAUGUAUCUUCAAUUGGUGCCCUUAACAUUAACUUUUAUCAUAGUGUAUCUUACCCAGGGAGUUGCUAUGUUGUUCUUCUGCUGGCUCUACAAAACUUGUCGGCGGCAAUUCUACAUCGUCUAUGAAAUGAAAGCGACUACAGUAGCCGCCAGAUACAAAACCCAAACAAACUACAAAGCUUCCCGGCUACUCUUGGCGCUAGCACCAUUUAAAUUCUGUUUCUCCAUACUUAUCGUGCUGGAGUAUCACUUCUUGAUAACUCGCUCGGAAUACACCCAGAUUGUAUACGUCUUUGCCUUGUUUUACACGAUACAAUUUCAGACGUUCUGCCAAAUGUGGUUUAUCAUAGUCUACGAAUUGCGGUUCCGGAGUCUAAUCUGUGGAUUGUUUGUGCGAGGCGGUUCUAAGAAGUCACGGUGGGAUGCGCACCUAAAAAGUGUCCAUGGCACAAAACUACAAUAUGAACCGGGUCAACAGCAAGAUGCUUACUUUGCCCAGCUGCAAUCGAUGUGGAAA